AUGUCUGCGCCCUCAAAUCCUGCACCUAGCCCGCUUGUCGACAAGGGCUUCGAGUCGAAGCCACUAGCGGUGGUUAUACCCUCGAAGCACAUAGACGAGGACGAGUCGAUACGCGACCAGCUAUUUGAGAGGAUAAUCUGGAAGAAGGCCACGGGCUCACGGUACGGUCUUCUGAGCUUCGACACCAAAAUGCCUUUAGCUGCCCGUGCUUCAGUUCCGGAGCAUGCAGAUCGGCCACGCUCUGAGUCCAACGCCAACACUUCCUCAACAAACCCUGACCUUCCGCAGAUCGAUCAUGUUGAUACAGGUCCACUCGCUCUUGACGCUCUAGAUCCCGAUGUAUCGUAUUCUGUCGUGCCAGCUUCGAGUGUGACGCCGUCGUUUUCGGGAUGUCAAGCUGCUGCUACAGAUGAUUGCUCUCUCGCUCAGACUAAGAUCGUAUUUGUCGAGGACCCAGUUGAUGAGGAAGAUUAUGAUAGUGAUGACGACGAUAGCGACGACGAUGAUUCAAGUUAUGACCAUUUGUUCUCACCUCCUCCCAGGCGCUUUGCGAGAGAGGCUGCGCCUCCUCCCGAAGUCGACUCUCCUACUCCCCAGAUUCCUUCGGUUGGAACUCCUUCUAAACGCUCCUCUCCUCAUACGGGGGUUCUCACUCCCCGUCCUCCCAUCAACUCUGCGGACUUCGUCCCUCUUCCAAUUCCUCCGCCACCACCUCGGCCUCCGAAGCGCUUACGAUCUCCGCCUGAAGACACACCCAUGGAAGAGACAUAUAAACCACACUCUUGUCUCCCUAGCCCGCUCAACCCUCUGGUGUCAGGGCCUCCCCUCGUAAAAUUGACCGACAAUAGCCCACCGAGAAAGACGCUCGAAGACAAGGAUGCAGCAAGACAGGAUGACUGCCACACGUCUAGGCCUCGCUUUAUAGGUCCAAGGAUUGAACCCCAUCCUGUUGGCGGUGUCAAAGCCAAAUCCCAGGCGAGCUCUGAAGUGUCUAGUCAUCCUUUCACGAGAGGUACCUCUUCUCUUGACGUUAUCAAACACGAAUCCAAAGGGAAGCCUCAGGGAUCCGGUCCUUCAUCGCAGUCCAGCGCUCAGAAGCCUAAAACCGAAGUGAGCCCAUUCAGCCCCCGUAUACCCGGGCCUCCUCUCACAGGGCCGAGUACCGAGAGUCGACCGUCCGAGGUUAUCAAGCGCGAAUCGCAAGGGAAUGCAUAUACUCCUCCUGCCGAUGAUCUCGAAACUCGCUUGCUGAAAUAUAUGCAAUCUUCUGAGAGGAAUUCACAGUCCAGACAGGGUUCCGCUGGUUUUCAGCAAGUACAGAGCCUGACAAGGCGCUCACAUGACGUUGAUACUUAUGAUCUCAGAGCCAUCGGACGUUUUUGCCGUCCGGUCACUCCCAUCCCCGAGCCCAGUCUUGCUGGGCUUUCUUCAUCCAGAAAACAUCCUCGGGACCCGGAUGAUGCUCAGCUGAAAAUCCAGUAUCCGGCCAAGAAGACUCGUUUGGCGAAUCCGCGCGCCCUCGAACAGAAAGACAAGAACGUGAAUAACAAGAAACGCACUCGUGACGAAGGGGAAGACGACCUUGUCAAGAAAUCUUUGGACGAACAUGGGUACGCUCUUGUAGGCACGAGCUCUUCAAGUCUUGACGAGCGCGAGUUGAAGAGGCUCAGGACGAUAAGCAGAGAGUCUCAGUCUAGACAGGGGAGCCGCUGA